CCGAGAGGGGCCGCGGCCGCCGCGCCGGGAGCCGCCGCGGUUCCGAGCGGGGCCCAACAUGGCGGAGCGGGAGGUGGAGACCGGCCCCCGAAAGAGGUUUGAACAGAAAAGUGAUGCAGUUUUUGAUGAAAUUGUAGAGAAUUGUGGUGUCAUGGAUACAGAAAUGUCUGAAGACACAGACCACAACUUAACUCCUACCCUUGCCAGCAUGUCUUAUGGAAUGCCGAAUCAAACAGGAUCUGAAAAUUCAUUGCUGGACGAAGAUGAUUAUUUUUUGAGCUCUGGGGAUCUUGCAGGAAUUCCAGUCGUUAGUAGUGACAAUGAGGAUGAACAGGAUUUUAGUUCAAAGGACAAUCUGGUUUCUUCAAUUCAUACUGAUGAUAGUUUGGAAGUAGAGAGAAGAGCCUCUCAUCAUGAAUCAGACAAUGAAAACGAAAUGCAAAUUCAAAAUAAAUUAAAAAAAGACUUUCCUAAACAGUUUGAUCAGGUUUCUGUCUUUAAAUCAAUACGGAAAGAUUUUUGUUUAGUAAGAGAAAACAGCAAAGAGACAUUUUCUGGAAAGGAGAAAAAUAGAGACUUAACUUAUCAUGAACGUGAAAAACGGUUGGAUAAACCCCAUAAAGGUUUGGAUUCAAGGUUGAAAAGCAGUUUUUUUGAUAAAGCAGCUAAUCAAGUUGAAGAAACAUUACAUACUCAUUUACCACAAACCCCAGAAACAAACUUUAGGGAUUCCAGCUAUCCAUUUGCCAAUAAAGAAUCCAUUGGUUCGGAACUGGGAAAUUCCUUUGCGUCAAAUAUUAGAAUUAAAGAAGAACCUUUGGAUGAUGAGUAUGACAAAGCAGUGGCGCCUCAGCAGGGACUACUAGACAGAGUUAAAGAUGAACCUGAAAAUGCUCAAGAAUAUAGUCAUGGCCAACAGCAAAAAACUCCAGAGGGGGAACUGAAAAUUAGUGCUGUGUUUUCAGUCAGUGGCAGUCCUCUUGCUCCACAGUUGACUACUGGCUUUCAGCCUUCUCUGGCAUCACCUGGCAUGAAUAAAAUGCUUCCUUCAGUUCCAGCCACAGCUGUUCGAGUUUCCUGUUCCGGUUGUAAAAAAAUCCUCCAGAAGGGGCAGACUGCUUAUCAGAGGAAAGGGUCUACUCAGCUCUUCUGCUCUACACUGUGCCUCACUGGAUACACAGUUCCACCUGCCCGCCUGCCACUUCCUCUUACCAAGAAGACUUGUUCAAGUUGCUCAAAAGACAUUUUAAAUCCAAAGGAUGUGAUCAGUGCGCAGUUUGAAAAUAGUACCACCAGUAAGGAUUUUUGCAGUCAGUCAUGCUUGUCAACAUAUGAACUGAAAAAAAAACCCAUUGUUACCAUAAAUACAAAUAGCAUUUCAACCAAAUGCAGCAUGUGUCAGAAGAACGCUGUUAUUCGACAUGAAGUUAAUUACCAGAACGUGGUCCAUAAACUCUGCAGUGAUGCCUGCUUCUCUAAAUUUCGCUCUGCUAACAACCUGACUAUGAACUGUUGUGAGAACUGUGGUGGUUACUGUUACAGUGGCUCUGGACAGUGCCAUGUGCUUCAGAUUGAGGGACAGUCUAAGAAGUUUUGUAGCUCAAUGUGUGUCACCUCAUACAAGCAGAAAUCAGCCAAAAUAACACCAUGUGCGCUUUGCAAAUCAUUGAGAUCCUCAGCAGAAAUGAUUGAGAAUACCAAUAGCUUGGGGAAGACAGAACUUUUCUGUUCUGUUAAUUGCUUAUCUGCUUACAGAGUUAAAAUGGUUACUUCUGCAGGUGUACAAGUUCAGUGUAACAGUUGUAAAACCUCAGCAAUCCCUCAGUAUCAUCUAGCCAUGUCAGAUGGAAGUAUACGCAACUUCUGCAGCUACAGUUGUGUGGUAGCUUUCCAGAAUUUGUUCAACAAACCAACUGGAAUGAAUUCUUCAGUAGUGCCCUUGUCUCAGGGCCAAGUAAUUGUGAGCAUCCCUACAGGUUCAGCAGGUUCUGCAGGUGGAGGGAAUACUCCUGCCGUGUCCCCCACCUCCAUCAACAGCUCUGCUGCAGCUGGUCUCCAGCGGCUUGCUGCCCAGUCCCAGCAUGUUGGGUUUGCACGAAGUGUGGUAAAGCUUAGGUGUCAACACUGUAAUCGUCUUUUUGCCACAAAACCAGAGCUUCUUGACUACAAGGGUAGAAUGUUUCAGUUCUGUGGCAAGAAUUGUUCUGAUGAAUAUAAGAAAAUUAAUAAUGUAAUGGCAAUGUGUGAAUAUUGUAAAAUUGAGAAAAUUAUAAAGGAGACUGUGCGAUUCUCAGGUGCUGACAAGUCAUUUUGUAGUGAAGGUUGCAAAUUGCUUUAUAAACAUGACUUGGGGAAACGCUGGGGAAGUCACUGUAAAAUGUGCAGUUACUGUUUACAGACAUCUCCCAAACUGAUACAGAAUAAUUUGGGUGGAAAGGUGGAAGACUUCUGUUGUGAAGAAUGCAUGUCGAAGUAUACAGUUUUGUUUUAUCAGAUUGAGACUGAGACAAGUAUUUCCAUGGUUCAAGCUGCAUCUGCAGGGCCCCCAUCACUUAGAAAAGAUUCAACUCCAGUUAUUGCUAAUGUGGUAUCUUUGGCAAGUGCUCCUGCUGCUCAGCCCACAGCAAAUGCCAACAGCGUCUUACAAGGUGCAGUUCCAGCAGUAACAGCGAAAAUCAUUGGGGAUGCAAGUACUCAAACAGAUGCCCUGAAACUUCCACCUUCCCAACCUCCAAGGCUUUUGAAAAACAAGGCUUUAUUGUGCAAACCCAUCACACAGACGAAAGCCACUUCAUGUAAACCACAUACUCAAAACAAAGAAUGCCAGACGGAAGAUACUCCAAGUGAGCCCCAGGUUAUGGUGGUACCAGUCCCUGUGCCAGUGUUUGUUCCUAUACCUCUUCAUCUUUAUACUCAGUAUACUCCUGUCCCCUUUGGGAUUCCAGUUCCUUUGCCUGUUCCCAUGCUUAUUCCAUCCUCUGUGGAUAAUGAAGAUAAAGCUACUGAGAGUAUUGAAGACAUUAAAGAAAAGCUUCCAACACAUCCAUUUGAAGCCGAUCUCCUUGAGAUGGCAGAAAUGAUUGCAGAGGAUGAAGAGAAGGAGAAGAGUCUAUCCCAAGGAGAAUCUCAAACUUCUGAACAAGAACUCUUUCUAGAUACCAAGAUAUUUGAAAAAGACCAAGGAAGCACAUAUAGUGGUGAUCUUGAAUCAGAGGCAGUUUCAACGCCGCAUAGCUGGGAGGAAGAGCUGAAUCAUUAUGCCUUAAAGUCAAAUGCUGUGCAAGAAGCUGAUUCAGAACUGAAACAGUUCUCCAAAGGGGAAACAGAACAAGAUCUGGAGGCAGAUUUUCCUUCAGAAUCCUUUGACCCACUUAAUAAAGGGCAGGGAAUCCAGGCACGUUCCCGAACAAGGAGGAGACACAGAGAUGGCUUCCCCCAGCCCAGGCGAAGAGGAAGGAAGAAGUCUGUAGUGCCUGUGGAGCCUAGGAGUCUUAUUCAAGGAGCCUUGCAAGGUUGUUCAGUGUCUGGAAUGACACUGAAGUAUAUGUAUGGGGUGAAUGCCUGGAAGAAUUGGGUCCAAUGGAAAAAUGCCAAGGAAGAACAAGGAGAUCUGAAAUGCGGGGGAGGUGAACAUGCCUCUCCUAGUCCGUGUUCUGAUGCCUUAGGAAGUGUUCAAGACCAGGUACUCUCUCAAGAAUCCUCAGAACAAGGUUGUAAAGUCCGCUCUAUGAAGCUGAAAGAAGAUAUUCUGUCCUGCACUUUUGCUGAGUUGAGUUUGGGAUUAUGCCAGUUUAUCCAAGAGGUGCGGAGACCAAAUGGUGAAAAAUAUGACCCAGACAGUAUCUUAUACUUGUGCCUUGGAAUUCAGCAGUACCUGUUUGAAAAUGGUAGAAUAGAUAACAUUUUUACGGAGCCCUAUUCCAGAUUUAUGAUUGAACUUACCAAACUCUUGAAAAUAUGGGAGCCUACAAUACUUCCUAAUGGUUACAUGUUCUCUCGCAUUGAAGAAGAGCAUUUGUGGGAAUGCAAACAGCUGGGUGCUUAUUCGCCAAUUGUCCUGUUAAACACCCUCCUUUUUUUCAAUACCAAAUACUUCCAACUAAAGAAUGUUACUGAGCACUUGAAGCUUUCUUUUGCUCACGUGAUGAGACGGACCAGGACUCUGAAGUACAGCACCAAGAUGACAUACCUGAGAUUCUUCCCACCUUCACAGAAGCAAGAGUCAGAGCCAGAUAAACUAACAAUUGGCAAGAGGAAACGAAAUGAAGAUGACGAGGCUCCAGUGGGUGUGGAGAUGGCAGAGAAUACUGACAACCCACUGAGAUGUCCUGUUCGACUUUAUGAAUUUUACCUGUCAAAAUGUUCUGAAAGUGUGAAGCAGAGGAAUGAUGUGUUCUACCUUCAGCCCGAGCGCUCCUGUGUUCCCAAUAGCCCCAUGUGGUACUCCACAUUCCCAAUAGACCCUGGAACCCUGGACACCAUGUUGACGCGCAUUCUCAUGGUGAGGGAGGUCCAUGAAGAACUUGCCAAAGCCAAAUCUGAAGAUUCUGAUGUUGAAUUAUCAGAUUAAGAAGGAGUAAAGUUCCUGUUUUCAUGCUCUUUGGUGUGCACCAAGCUGUGAAUGCACUCAGCUGUCCGGAAGAUGUAUAGCCCAAGUCCUCUUGACUCGCUUGUGAGGCGUGAAGAACAGGCAGCUCCUGAGCCACAGUGUGGCUGCAAGUGAAACCCGAAGGGAGGAGUGUGAAUGAUUGGCAGGGAGAGAGUUCGUAGACAUCUUCGAAUGACUAACCAGUUUCUGAGUGGUGCGUAAUCUUAUUUUGUUUGGGAAUAAGAAAUUAUGGAAUAUUUUUAAGGAAAACUGUUGUAUAAAAUUCUACUAUAGUAACCUUAGUUAGAAAGGGAUAGCUUUGGAGUGAGACCCUGGCUGCAGUAGGCUGUUUGAGCAAGUUGUCCAUGAGUCAGGAGGGAAAUCAGUACAGAGCUGAGACUGACAUCAGAUAAGGACACUGGGACUCAGCCUUGAAGAUCCAAUAAAAAUACUCAUGUUUUUGUAAAAAGACAGUGGUCUUGAUUGAUUUACACUGCCAACCCACUUAUGUGAAGGAUAGAAGCCUUUGGUACUUUGACUGAAGGCCCCUCACAUGGGGAAACGCCCUCCACUGCUGUUAGUGUGCCCCUUUUUAUUUUGGUCUUACCUUCUCAGAUGUGGGUGAUUGAAGGUAAAAGGAUAAUAGUCCCACAAGCUGAUUAUGUACACAGAAAAUCUGUGGAGCCCGUUAGACUCUGGGUGUCUUGAACUGUUUAUAGAAAGCCCACUAACAGCCUCCUUCUGGGUGCACACUGUUAUUGCUGCUGUCUCAUAGCCUCAGCUCUGCUGCACAGAAGUGGAGGCUCCUUUUCUUCCCAAUUUUCCCCCAAUGGCAGCUUUUCUUCCAUUGUUUUACUUUCUUGUUUCCAAGUGACUCUUGUCCUUUGCACCAGCUUCUGGAGGCCCUUGUCAUUUCAAAUGGAAUAAUCUGUCUCCACAGUUCUGACAAACGUGGGAGGUCCCACAAAGACACAGUAUUACGUAGCUAUCUGAAUUAAGGUAGGGAAGGUCGUAGUAAACAUUUGAAAGUUGACCUUGUUGCCCUAAGGACUUGAAAGUUAGGGAUGCUGGGGUUAGAGUACAAGUACAUAUCCAUCAGCAGCGUUAUUCCAGAGUCUAGCUGUCUUAGUUCUGUGAGGAUGGCAGGGCAAAGGUGUGUGUGACAGUAUCAGACUCCAUUCUCAGUUUCUUCCCUACAAAAUUUUGAAUCAAGCUUUUAAUAAUGUUGGCUAAUUACUGAGCUUCUUUAAUUGAAGUUAAUUUGAGUUUACAGCGGAACUGAGAAGUCGUAAGCUUCAUCUGAAGUGAAAGACUUCAGUGUGGUCCCAUAUAUUAGGUGGGGGUAGCAAGUUUUGUUUUCUUUUUUUUAAACAAAUAAGUCAUUUAAAUUCAACAGAAUUUUAAAUGGGCCUUUUGACAUUGUGUACUUGGUGGUUCUGUCCUCUGCCUGUAACGAAUCUCCUUUUUGUUACUAAGAACUGUGUGGAAGAAGUAAAUCUGCCCCAGUCUGUAUGGCUAAUUCCAUCUGUGUUUGUCAUUUUUGAUGGGAAACUGCUUCCUUCCAGACCUUGUUUGAUUGGAGGGAAAGCAGUUCACCUGUCUGAUAAGUCACCAAUAAACCAUCCAGAAACACCAGGUGUCCAGUCCCGGUGUAUCAGUUAUGAUUUGUGUAAACACUAACAUUUCCCAUCUAUAGUUGUAUGCAAAACAAAUAUUGUUAGCUUAGUAGAUAAAUUGUUAUGAAAUACCAGAGAGAAAAAAAUGUAUUUUAAGAGAACAACCAGUACCCAGAUAAACAACUGUAUCAGGGCUUCAGCUGCAUGUUAGUGCAGGGGCUUCAGACCCUAAACUACUUUCAAACUGGUUGAUCAUCAGUCAUUCCUCAUAAAUGUAGCUGUUUGUUGCGUCAGAUUACUUACUUUUUGUUAAAAUUAUGUAGAAAUCACACUCCCCCCCCCCAGGAGGGUGAGAAAAAAACACCAACAAAUAGAACCUGAACUUGUCCUAUCCUGCUGUUCCUUAGUCUUUAUUUGUCUUUGGAUUUUCCUUCUGCAGGAACCACAGCACUAUUCCCAUAGAAUAAAAUAGUAUAU